GGUAGGUGACCUGUCGGAAUCUGUCUCUCACCGUUACUUGUCGUGCAGAUGUUAAUUGUCGCUAAAUUUUGUGCCGGUGGAAUGUUGCAGCAUUCAAAAAAACUCAAUCAAUCCAUUCAAACGUGUUACUGUGCAAAUAUGGGGAGCUUUGUUCUAAUAUUAACUCUUCUCCUAGGAGCCACAGUAAGAAGUCAUGACGUACAAAAAAGAGGACUUAUUUUUCCACCUACCAGUUUAUAUGGGACGUUCGUUGCUAUAGCGGUACCCCUGGAUAUACCUGACAAGAAUGUGUUUGUAUCGUACAACUUCGAGUCUAACUAUUCAGUAGUUACCAACAUUACGGAGCUGGAUGAAGUUAUAUUCCCAAACUUGCCGAUAAUAUCUCGUCAUAGUCGAAGUAUAACACGAGAGCUAGCGUACACAGUACUGGAAACUAAGUUUAAGGAGAAUGGUAUGAAUGGACGGGAGUGCCUGCUGAGAAAUAUCUGCGAAGCUGCCGAGACUCCUCUUCAUCACAACGGUCUCCUGGGACAUAUCAUGCAUAUCGUCUUCACGCCAUCAUCUUCAAAAGAAGAACAUAUAGAUGAUAUUUACUACGAGGCAGAAGCAGAUGGACUCAAAGGAAACUGCGAUAAAUACUACGAUGACUGUCCGUUCAGUUUGUUUGAUCUUAUCACGAGGCUUGUUGUUACAAAGCAAUAAAAUAUUGAUUAUAA